GCGAGCGUGAGUGAGAGUACGCGCUGUCAUCGGUGGUAGUUGUCAAUGGCCGCGUGGCUAGUCGCCGGGUUUCGUGAAGUAGCAGCGCGUUUUUCGGUGCGUUUUCGUUGCGGUGGUGCUUCCCGGGGUGUGUUCCGUGCAAGGGUAACCGGUAACAGUGACAGUAGUGCCAAGAUGGACCCAACAGCAGCGCCACCGAUCGUUGUCAUCCUCGGCUCAACCGGUACCGGCAAGACGAAGCUAUCGCUCGAGCUGGCCGUCCGGUACGGGGGCGAGAUUGUCAGUGCCGACUCGAUGCAGGUUUACAAAGGAUUGGACAUUGUGACGGCAAAGGCAACCAAGGCGGAGCAGGCGAUGGCGAAGCACCAUCUACUGGAUGUGGUGACACCGGACAGGGCUUUCACCGUCACCCACUUUCGCGAACAAGCGCUACCGAUCAUUGAUUCGCUACUGGCGGCCGGUAGGAUGCCGAUCGUGGUCGGUGGCACCAACUACUACAUCGAGAGCUUACUGUGGCAGGUGCUAAUCGGGGACGGUGUCCGGCGGGAACACAUUCGGUCCCGGAAUGCCGCCAGUAGUGACGGGCCAACGAAGCGCCCGAAAACCGAUGGCGAUGGUAGUGGCUCGGCAGUGGCCGACCAGCAGCAACAGGUGAGGGAGCUGGUGGGCCGGUGCCGUGCCGGGACGGUAACGGUGGAUCAGCUGGAAUCGUACGAUGGGCCGCUGCUGCACGCGGUGCUGGCGGCCGUCGAUCAACCGUCGGCCAACCGGCUCCAUCCGAACAACAAGCGCAAGAUCGUCCGCGCACUGGAAGUGUACUUGGACUCGGGUGGAACUCAGACGAUGGAUCAAGUGCUGCACGCGCAACGGGCAGCCCCGGGUGCCUCUAGCUUGGGUGGACCGCUGCGCUACGGGAACGUCGUGAUCCUGUGGCUCCGAUGCGACCAGGAUGCAUUGAACAACCGGUUGGAUGCGCGCGUUGACAGCAUGGUAGCCCAGGGUUUGCUACCGGAGAUCCGUGCCUUCUAUGAGCAGCACGUGAAACCAUACGAGCACCAUGACUACCAUCAAGGCAUUCUGCAAAGUAUCGGCUUCAAAGAGUUCGUAAAGUACCUGGAGCGCUACGAUGCCGCACAGGAUCGGCUGCUGCUGGAGCAUCUUACGGGCCGGACUGCCGAUGGUGCGGCCCAGCCCGACGGUCUGGCGGCACUGGGCGUUUGUCUGGACUAUCUGAAACUGGUAACCCGUCGGUACGCCCGCCGGCAGCAACAGUGGAUCAAGAACCGCUUCCUGGGUACGCUGGAUCGUGACGUGCCACCGAUCUAUGCGCUCGACACCACCGAUACCGCCUGCUGGACUGCCCAGGUGACGGACCGGGCUGUGGCGAUCGUCGAUGCAGUGCUCGGUGGCAGGACGCCACCGUACGAACCGGUGGCCAGGUGUGCGAACCCGGCGUCCAAGGCCAGCCUGUCCAAGGAGGGAUUUUUCGAGUGUACGGUCUGCCGACGGGUCAUCAUCGGGGAGUAUCAGUGGCAGCUUCAUCUGCGCUCGAACAAACAUCGAAAGGUGGCAAAGCGGAGCGCUGCUGCUAGUGGGGAGGGUGGCGAGAAGAAACAGUCGCAAACCACGGGACCAACGCAGUAGAGUAGACGGCACUAGA